CCACAGAUGGGAGAACAAAAUCCCAGUGACAGGCUGAGAGGAGACCAUCCGAAAGAGACGAAGGAAAAUGGCACAGGAAGCUUCUCCCAGUUCUCCUCAAGCGUACGCGCCAUGGUGCGCAUUCGCCAGAAGUACCAAGCCAUCAAAAAACGGCGUCUUGAGAUAGCAGCGGCGUCAUCCCAGAGCUUCAUGUCUCCACGGUCCACCAGCCCAAAAGUUUUCACUUUUGAAAAUCUUCAAGACACCAUAAACUCUAACCCUGCCUCCCCGCGUAAGCGGAAGAAAAAGAGGAAGGCGCGGGUUUUGUAUCCGAGCAGCAGUUUGAGAGCUGUACCCACAAAAGAGAGAAGCCGUGCAAAGAACUGCCUCUACUUGUUGUGCAUCAUCGUAUUUCUACAAGUUUACAAUGCCAUUGAGAACUUGGAUGACCAUGUGCUUAAAUAUGAUCUAGACGGACUGGACAAAACCCUUAAAAGGGAAGUGUUUGGCCAACAGGAAGUGGCAGAGAGUCUUCUGGGUCAUUUACAUGAUUAUUUGUCAACUUAUGUACACAAUAAACCUUUAGUGUUGUCGCUCCAUGGACCCACUGGAGUUGGGAAGAGCCACGUUGGCCGAUUACUGGCUCAGCAUUUCCGCUCGGUUGUUGGCGAGGACUUGGUGAUGCAGUACUUCGUUCUGCACCAUUGCCCA